AUGAACCUAGACUCCUUGUUCCAGCAAAUCUUCCUCGUAGAACAGAAAGCAGAAGAAAAGCGGUGCCUGCUGCACCAAGUAAAACAGGAGAUAAGCCAAAGUCAUGAAAAAAUUAAGCAAAUUACACAACAACUUGGUGAAGAAAAACGAAAAUUGGAAAUUGAAGCUCAGUUGCUAUCCGAGAAGCUCUUUAACUUGGAACUUUUCAAGAAACGGAAAGAGAGUUUAGAAAAACAGAAAGCUGAUCUUAUAAGGCAGAAGAAUAGUAAUCUUGAAGCAUAUAAUUAUCUAAAGAGAAAAAUUGCUGAAGAAGAUGAAACAUUUUUGAAGGAAAUUAAAAAUUUCAACAAUGAAUAUGGGUUAAUAUUCAAUCGGGAACUUUUAAUUAAAAAAAGAGCCCAGGCUGAAAUAUGUGAACUAGAGGAGAAAGAAAGUCUUCUGAGAAAAGAAAUAGAAUCAAUGGAGCAUGAAACAAUUCAAUUAAAAAUAUUUCAUCUACAGAAGAAUGAAUUAAAGCAGGAUUUAUCUACUCUACAGAGGAAACUCAAAGAUUUCGAAAAAGAAAUAGUGGAAACUAAAUCUAUCACACAAUGCUUAGAAUCAGAAAAAAUAACAAUUUAUGAUAAACCUCAGACUUAUCCAGAAUAUAUAAGGCUUAAAAAGCAAUUGGAGACUUACAAAGAAGAUGAAAUGGAAAAUGCCUGUGAGGCUCUUCAAAUGGAAAUUGAAUUUCUGCAGAUGGAAUUGUUACAAAAAAAGUCUUCAGCCAAAUAAGUAACAUAUUGUGGACUGAUUCAUAUGUCACAGGAACAG